UUAUCACUCUCUUUUUUCACACGCACAGAGGUGCCAGCCUACUAGGUGCUUACAAGUUUCAAAAAUGGAGUUUUCUCCCAGCUCCCGGCGGGCUCGAAGGCCUCCGCCGCCGAAGAACUCCGACUUGUAUUCCACUGUCGUAAUUAAAGACGAUGCGGCAUCAAAGGAGCUCGAUCCCGAUCCAAAAUCAUCGGAUAUAUACGCCACAAUGGUGUACAAAGACGACGUUGUUGAAGACGAGGAAGACUCGCUUCCUCCUUUAUUAAAACGCCUCCCAAAAGACUUUGGUGGAGGUGGUUAUGACGUGGGAGAUUCGGACGAUGACGAUCUCGGCGGUUCGAGUUCGGGAACUAUGAUUGUGAAAACUAAUCGGAAGCGAUCAAAUUAUACGGAAAGGAAUGUUUUGUUACCUUAUGCGAAGCCGCGGAGUACGGGGAUGCCGACUUGGGAUAAGAGAAGCCCCGAGAGUAAAAAUGUGAAGGAGGAAAAUGUUGGUGAUUUUUCGACGUUUGUAGUGAGGGGGAGGCAAGAGAAGGACGAGGACGAAGAUGAAGGUGAAGUCGGGGAGGGAGAAUUUGGGACUGUGAUGAGGAGUGGCGGUGCAGGUGGUGGGAGUGGAGGGGGGACGAUGAGGAGGGCGGUGGAGAGUAUGCAGAAGGUGGGGGAGGUGGGAAUGAGGGGAAACGGGAGGCAGAGGAAGAGUGGUGGUGGGAGUAAUAGUGAAGGGAUUGGGCAGACGCAGGUUAGUCGGAAAAUGUCGUCGAGUUCUAUACCAGAUAGUGUCAUCAGGGAGGAUCCCUUUACUAAGUACGAGUUGCUGCAUGAGCUUGGUAAAGAUUUGAAUUUUACACUGAAUUUACUUGCAAUUUGUGGUUGUAGCCAUGGUGAAAUGCUUUUGUUUAUUUGGAAUCAGGAAGAUGGAUUAUUUUGCUCAAUUACAUGUCUUUUAGAUGGUUGUGACGAAGAUUUGAAAUUUUUGGUACAUAACCAAAAAACGUUGUUAAAAAAUAUCUUUUCCAGAAGGUUUGAAUACACGUUAAUAAGUAUCAUGUUUAGAGGAAAUAAACUUAUAGGAUCUAUAUCAGAAAAAAAAUAUCAUCCUCAAAAGUAUUUGUCCUCUAUUUUAUCAUUCAUCGGUACACCGCAUUGGAUGGCUCCAGAAGUUAUUCAAGAAAGCCGUUAUGAUGGCAAGGUAGAUGUAUGGGCUCUGGGAGUGUCUGCAAUAGAAAUGGCAGAGGGACUUCCUCCUAGAGCAACGGUUCAUCCUAUGAGGGUAUUGUUUAUGAUUUCCAGUGAACCUGCUCCAAUGCUCGAGGAUAAAGAGAGAUGGUCACUUGUCUUCCAUGACUUUGUUGCUAAGUGCCUCACAAAGGACCCCCGCCUUCGACCCAUGGCAGCUGAGAUGCUUAUGCACAAAUUCAUUGAAAAAUGCAAAAAUGAAGCUUCAGCAAUGUUGGCAAAGAUUGAAAAGGCAAAGGAAAUGAGGGCAUCAAUGGCUUUGCAAGCACAGGAUACCACAUCAAGCACUUCAUUACCUGGAGUUGGGCCACAGGGAGAUUCAACAUCACAUGAAGCUGUUGUCAACACUGUUCCAUCUAAACGUCGUGACGAUUUGCAUGUCCUAAAUGGAGCUAUCACUGUCAGUGGUACAAAUAAAGAGGCAUCUCCUGGUGGAGCGGAACCAGAUGGAGAAGGUGACCUUGGCACAGUAAUAGUUCAUGACAGAGUUGAAACUGGCAAAACAGCUACUGUGACAACAUUAAAAAGCUUAAACGAACCCUCUCCUGCUCUAAGGCGUACUGGAAGUCUUUCAAUCAGUGGAGUUGGAGAUAAAGCAAUCGACUCUUGGAUGGGCAAUGUCCCAAUUGUAGGAUCUCGAGCAUCUUCACCCAUGUUUGUAUCACCCGAACAAAACCUCAAGGCAAAUAAUGUUCCCCAAGGACCCGUUGGCAGUAGUGUUGGCCUCACUGGUACUUCACUUGCUAAUGAGACUGUCAGCAGAAGAGCAUUAGACAAGCUUUGGUCCAUAUAUUCUGCUGGUAAUACAGUGCCAAUUCCAUUUUUGAGGGCGACGGAUAUAUCCCCCAUUGCACUUUUGUCCGACAAUGUUCUUGGAGGAUGGCAGCAGGAGAAUGGUGGAAUGGUGGCUAUAGAAACAAUGCAGGAGCUUUUUACUGGCGAUACUCAGCCUAAAAAGGGUAGAAGCAGACAAAACGAGGUGCCUCUUCCUCCAAGUGUAUAUCAAAGGCUUACUUCAAGUCCAACUCUAAUGAAUCUUGCUCAGGCAUUGGCGUACCACAAAAUGUGCUACGAAGAGAUGCCACUUCAGGAAAUGCAAGCAGCACAAGAGCAACAGACUAUUCAGAACCUUUCUGAUACUCUUCGAACUAUUUUACGGUUAUAAAAUUUUGAAUUUUUUUUUU